AUGUCUUCCCUAUCAAUCACAGCUGAGUCCUCAAAUAAAACUUGUGGAGAAAAUUUGGAUGCAAUACGAGGGCAAUUUUCAAGUAGUAUAACAAAGCCAAAACAAGAGUUGUGGGAGAAGAUAACCUCGCAAAUAAACAGCUUGGGGUUUGAAAAUCGCAAGCCAAAAGAAGUGCGUGAAAAAUGGAGAAACCUGGCACAGAUUGCCAAAAAAACCAAUGAUGGUAUAAUGAGUUCGCAAAGAAAAACAGGGGGAGGUCCUGCUACAAAACUGCCUUCUUUAACAACGGAGAAAAUCAUAAAUAUUUUGGGAGAUGAACCUUCAUUCUCAGGUAUUCAAGGAGGCUUCGAGUCUGGUGGUACAUUUGUAGGCAAAGAAUCGAGAACAUUCAAAAGGAAACGACCAAAGACUCAAGGAGAGAUGAAAAAUGAUGUUCAACAACUUCAUGUUGAGAUCCUUCAAUUGGAAAAAGAAAAAAUGUUGUUUGAGAAGCACAACCUAGAGUUGAAGAAAAGAAAACUCGAACUACAAGUACAGUUACUUCAGAGGAUAGUUGAAAUCAAAGAACAACCCCCUUCAUUUUUUCUUUUAAACUAGUCAGCUAAAAUAUGUUUGUGCCAUAUGCUCCCUUGCUGCUAUUCCAUCUGUUUCUCCUGCUUCCAGCAAAACAUCUUCAUUUUCUUCUUCCAGUGCAUCCUCUCCGAACUCAUCUUCUUCAACUUCAGGCUCUUGCCUUAGAAUGCUAAUGUUAUUCAAUACUGCACAAGCCAUUAUAAUGGUGCAGACUCUAUCUGGUUUCAUCCUAAAUAGAGUAAACAUGCUUGCUAGGAUUUGAUGUUGUAUUAAAGCUCAUAAAGACUCACUGAUACCUUAUUUCUGAAUGCAAAACAUGAAACCUUCUUUUCCAAAUGCCAAUGGUUCUUUCAACCAAACACCUUGUUUUUUUAUGUGCCUUGUUAAAUUUUUUUGGCAUGGAUGCACUGGAUGGAGGUAUGGAGUCAUCAAAAAUGACCUUAAGG